UUGUUGUGGCCGAAGUGCAGGACCCGGCAUUUGGAUUUCAUGCCUCCUCCCUUCCAGCAAGCACUUUGUGCAUCAGUGCAAACUCCUGUGUUGCUGGGCCCGGAGGAAUCCUGGCUGGGAGGGCUCUGUCCUCACCAUUAGCAUUGCUGCACUGAGCUGGACUGUGGCCACAGAGCCUCUGCUGGUUCAGUGUCCCCACCUGCAAGUGAGUCCGUUCAGCAACAGUGCUGGUGAAGUACUGGUGGCCCUGGGAUGCUGAAGGGACAAUGGGAUUCCUGGCUCAAUGGGUUUCUGCUUUUCUGGUCCUUGAGGAAGGUGGAGCAGUGUGUUACCUGCAUCGGGGCCUCUGAGCCCAUGGCUGGAAUUGCUGCUUAGAUAUUACAAGAGCAGGUCUGGAACUGCUGCAUCCUCCUUGGCAUCCUAGCUUGAGUGCUGAAAAAUGCCGUGAUGCUGGUGUAACGUGUAACUCUUCCAGAACAAGGAGGAAAACCUAAUCCUUCACUGAAGUUCUACCUAUGACCAGUGGGGCAGUGGUUUGUGGUGAAUGGGAUCCAUACUGUCAUUCUGCCUGAGUGAGCUGCUGAAGAGUCUGAAGAGGCUGUCUGAGCUGCCCAUCACGGUUGACAUUCUUGUGGAGACAGGCGUCGGAAAGACAGUGAACAGCUUACGGAAGCAUGAGCUGGUGGGAGACUUUGCCAAGAACCUUGUUGCCAGGUGGAAGAAGCUGGUGCCGGUCUCCCAGGAGGCAGACAGAAAUAAUCUAGAUUCUGAAGACUGUGACUAUGAGAGGAGCAGCUCAAGGAAAAGACAAGCACCUUCUCCCCAGGAGGAUGAGGAACAUGACCAGGACUACUCAGAGCCUUUCCAGCCUUCCUGCAGCCAGCUCUACAGCCCAGAUCAUAGAGAAAAGAAAUCCAAAAGGUAUUUAGGGUCUGAGAAAUCUCAUGAGGCUUACGGCUGUAGCAGCCAAGAGGAUAAGAGAUGGGACAGGUCUUCCCCAGUGCUCUCUUCAGAUCAGGAGUACUCAGACUAUGGACAAGCUGUGUCACCUGAGCCAAGUGAGAGCCCUCAGGAUACGUACACAGACCCUUAUGCCUCUGAUGAGCAGGAAGAACCAACAGUGUUUCAUCGUAAAGUCAGUAAGGGGCAUGGCUUUCAGGAGAAGCUGGGGGAAAGCUGGGAGAGGAACCCUGGUGAUCUCCAUGACAAAGGGAAUGCGAGUGGAAGCAAAGAGCACAAGUCUUCUCACAAGGAGAAGCAGCGACUUGAUGGCCGAGGAGAGAACAAAACCUCUGCCUUCAGCCCAGAAAAAUUGCACAAGACCUCUUUUAAAGAGCAUCUCCGAGAAAGCCCUGUGGUAGGGGGCAGCAAGGAAAAGCACAGGAUGUCAGACGGCACUAAGAAGGAGAAAAACCGAGAAAACAGCUCUUCCAGAAAAGAGAAGCUGCACGUGCAGCCACGCUUGGAAGAGUCUGUGGACAACCACACUAAGAAGCGAAAGCAUCAGAACUCUGAAAAAAGCAAACUGGGGAAGUCCAAGCCAAGCCUGGAGACUUCUAACACAGAGCGGGAGAAACAGAAAGGUGAGAAUGACUCCUCAAAUAGGAUUAAGGAGAAGGGGACUUCUGGGAGCUUAAAAACAUCUGAGGGGAAGCACAAAGCCUCUGAGUUGGACAAAAAAUCUAUUGACUUGUCCUCAAGUUUUGGGGACGGGGAAGUGGAGGAUGAGUUUGAACAACCUACUAUGUCUUUUGAGUCAUACCUCAGCUAUGACCAGCCCCAGAAAAAGAAAAAGAAAGUGGCCAAACCCUCUGCAUCAGCUGGGGAGAAAGAUCAAGGGCACAGCAAACAGAAUGGAUCCAAAGCCAGUACCAAGAGCUCCAGCUCGAGUCGCAAGAGCCCAAGCCACAAGCGGACAAAUGAGAAAAAAGCAGAGAAGAAACAAGCAGAGCCUCCUAAACCAAACAGGAUGCUGAUAGAUGUGGUGCCAACCUUACCAGACAUCCCACUGCCCCCAAUCCAGGCCAACUACCGCCCUCUUCCCUCCAUCGAGUCCAUUACCUGCUCCCAGACAAAAAGGAAAGCAGUGUCCUCGCCAGUCGAAGAGAGCGAGGCAGGAUUUAUAGGUCGCCGGUUGAAUUCGAAGAUGCAAGUGUAUUCAGGCUCUAAAACUGCCUACCUCCCAAAGAUGAUGACUUUGCAUGAGCAGUGUAUCAGAGUCCUUAGUAACAACAUUGACUCAAUCUAUGAAGUGGGUGGUGUCCCUUUCUCAGUGCUGGAGCCAGUGUUGGAGAAAUGCACCCCAGAGCAGCUGUACCGCAUUGAGGAAUGUAAUCAUGUCCUAAUUGAGGAAACAGACCAACUAUGGCAUAAUCACUGUCUUAGAGACUUUAAGAAUGAGAAGCCAGAAGAAUUUGAGUCCUGGCGGGAGAUGUACCUCCGACUUCACGAUGCUCGAGAGCAGCGGCUGCUCAUGCUGGCACGGAACAUAGGCUCAGCUCAUGCUAACAAACCUAAAGGUAGAGUGGCCAAAAUGGCCUUUGUGAACUCUACAGUGAAGCCCCCUCGGGAUGUACGGAGAAGACAAGAGAAGUUUGGAACUGGAGGUGCUCUUGUGCCAGAGAGAACCAAAAUAAAACCAGUCCUCUACACAUCUGGCAAAAGCCAUGCUCGCGUGAGCGAGGAGCGGUCCUAUGAUGGGCCCAGCACCAGCAGUGCCCAUUCUGUCCCAUCAUCAGGUAGCACCUUCUCAUCCUAUGACCCUAGGAAGCCACCAGUGAAGAAAAUUGCACCCAUGAUGGCAAAGACUAUCAAAGCUUUCAAAAACAGGUUCUCCAGGAGAUAGGUUGGAAGCACAGAGCUGGGAUUUUUCUCUCUCGUGGGGGAGUGGCACUGAUGAGGGAGAAGGUACCAAAACAGCCCAAGUCCUUUGAACUCUGCGGAGGCUGCAGCUGCUGGGAGAGACUUUGAUCUGCACAAAAUGACAGCACAGUAUUUUAUCUUUUAUUCUCAUCCCUUCUCCCUAACCUCCUGUUUCUGGCCUUGUCUUCUCUCUAAAGAAAGAUGUACAGGAUCUCCAGAUGUGAGAAAAUGUGAAGUCUUGGCACCUGCUGAGAGUAGAAAAUCCAGAGACUAUUUACUAUUUAACCUCUUAAUAAAUUAUGAAAUGGUUUUAAUUAAUUCUUCACCCCUCAAGCCCACUGGUACUAUUUAUGUCGCUUCCAGUAGUCUCCCCCCUCCCAGCCCAGCACAAGGGCAGGCCCUGGCAGCACUGGCAGGAAUCCAUCCGAAUGGGAGAUGCCUCUCAAAGGAUCCUGUCCUUGUGGCCUGACACCUGCUGGGCCCGGAGUCCCACCCGGACUCUGGGACAGGUGGCACUGGUUACCCUUCUGCUCAACAGUCCAUUGGCAAGCGGAUCAGCUCCUGAGGCUUUGCUCUCUGAUCAUGUAACUUAAUAAAAUCUUAGCUCUUGACCUCUUCUCUGCUGUUACUGUAGAUCUCGAACAGAUGCUUAUGUUGCUGGUCAGGGAUGCCAGGAGCCACUGAGGACUCUUUCUCUGCUGCUGCUGUCUUCUGCUGGCUACUGGGAAUAAAAAGAUGAAGGGUUUGAGGAGAAGUUUUACUGUGCACCAAUGAGUAUUUUUCCUUUUUAUUUUAAAGGAGUGGACUUUGUCUGUCUCUGGAAUUAAAAAUAGUUUUUAGACAUCAUUGAAGGCAUUGCUUUGCCUCUUUUAAUGGUAAGAAGGAAUAUUAUUAUCUUGUUUUCUGUGUGAAACUGGGAAGGGUUUGUUUCCAGUUGGAGGCUGGUGCUCAAAUCUUGUCCUUCCCCUAUGUGUUCUCUGCCCAUCUUCAGAAAAAGUGAGGAUCUUAGUCUUAGGAUCUGGAACCGCUCGUUUGAGAGAACCGGAUAAUGGAAUGUGUUGGUUUUAAUGUGCACAUACUUCAUAGCAGGAGCGCCGAACUCCCGGCUGCUCUGUGUCUGGAAGGAAAGACUCACGAUGCCAGCUGGUGGCUGCGUUGCAAGGUGCCGGGGUGUGAGGUGCGAUUCCAGGGCUCGCUGCAGCACUGCUACGGCUCGUGCAGCCUUACGGCGCUGCGGUGCAUCUGCCUUGGAACAGCCUCAGCUGGAGGCCGCGCGAGCAGAGGUUGCAGCCUCUGGAAGCAGGCGGAACCUGCUUGCACAGAGCUGGAGUGGUGCACAGGGGUUAGGGAAGGGGGGAGGCUCCGAGCUGUUCGUGUCCCCAGGCCUUUGGGUGAAAAAGGUGCCGGUGAUGACAGUAGGGGUUGUUGGUUGGGGGUCGCUGCCCAGGGCUCCUCCCAGAGUGGCUUUAGGAACGACCCUGUGUGCUUCUGGUUUCCUUCCUUUUGUUCUGUUUUAAUCAAUUCUCAGUGUCCUCUGUUGCGUUUUUUCUUGUGUUGAAGGUCUUGGAAAGGUUUUCAGCUUCUCCCGUGCUGUAUGUUUGUUACAGUCCGAAAUGCUUCAAUGUUACUGCGUAGCAUUGCGGUGCAUCCUGCUGUAAGAUAAUUGCUCCCGGCUCCUGCAGUUUGCUGUGUUUAAUUUGGCUGUACUUCUAAUUCCAUGACAAUUCACGACCUUCUGCUGCCCCCUGUGCUCCCGGUUCUUCCCCCUGGGGCACAGCCCGGCUUUGGGCCUGCCUGCAGGCGCUGUGACCGCAUCCCUCCCCCCUCCAUCCUCAUCUGGCCCCCCGUUCCCAGCUGCGGGGAUCCCGCGCCCCAUGGCCGGGGGGUGUCGGAUCCCCCCACUGCCGGCCCUCGGCCUCGCGCAAUGCCUCCGUUCAGCUGCAGCGACGGCCCCGAGCAGCGCUGCCUGCCCGCUGCGGCCGGGUGGGAGUGACUCUGACAUGUAUUUGUAUUUCUGUCCCCGAUGUGUAUAUACAGUUUUCUAUGUUCCUUUUUUUGUGGUAACUAAGACGAAUAUUUUAAUUAGAUAAGUUAUAUGAAAAAGAACAAUCGUGUCUCAAUAAAACCCAACACUGGA